CGAAGCGAAGAGAGCAUUGGUUUCAAGAUGUCAAGGAAUUGUGUGUCGGUUCUUCUCCUGGUUGGUAUCGCACAAGCAUGCUUGGCCUUCGUCCCGAGCUGGACUGCGACGUUCAGGUCGUCACGCUCGCAGCCCCCUGCUUCCACGCCUGCGGCGGCGACGUUUUCGCUCUCGCAGCCCUCUGGUCCGAUCUGCCCUGUGUUCGGGGCGUGUGACACUUGUGGGGCGCAAUUUUUUUACCCGGUGCCAGGGAUGACGAGCUUGAGCGCGAUGAGCGAGGGCGGCGAGGAGGAGGGGGGCGGCGAUCAUCAUGCGCGAGAAGCUGCCGAUGGCAGUCCGGCGGCGGACGAGAUCCGUGCGGUCCAGGAUGAGAUCCGUGGUGUAGAGCGCAAGAUCGAGGAUGUAGAGAAGGAGACGGCAGAGGUUGUCAAGAAGACUGAUGGUAUUGAGGCUGCUAUUGCUGGGGGCUCCAGGUACCUCGGAAUGACCGACCCCGAAGCCCUCUUGAAGCAACUAGGCAGGAAGGAGGAGCAGCUACGCAGGAAGGAGGAGCAGCUCCUGCUGUCGUUUUGCACGGGCAAUUCGCCUCCUCUUCAAAGCAAUCUGCGGACGUUAUGGUAG